AAGCUCGGUUUAUUCCAUUCCGCCCCUUUUUUUUUUCCCUCUUCUUCUUCCAUCGCUCUGGACAGACCCUCAGCUCCCAUCGCUCGACUCUCUGCAGAUUGUUCAUUGUGCCUUCGCAUUCCUCGUUUCUCCCGCCAUCGUCAAGUCCUCCCGACAAGAGGUUUGUUUCAUCAUCAUCUUCCUUUUGUCUGCUCGAGCGUUUGCAUAAAAGUGCCUGUCGCUCGCACGGCUGGAGCGGAUGGACGCGUCAAGGACAAAUCGGAAACCCGAGCAGCCCAUCAACAUUACCACCCCCGUCUCGCCCCGAUCGAGCCCCACUCCGUCGCGGCGACCGCUUCUCGGCUUGUUUGGACGCUCACAGUCGGCCGAGAAGCUUGUGGACACUGUUGCGACCGAUUCAGCCGCACCACCGCAGCAACUCUCGAGAAUGGGCUCGUCGUCGCCUUCGAUGCGUCCGCUGGAGGACUCGGGCUCCCCAUCGCCCCGUGGCAGUCCGAGUGCUGCACGACGCAAUCGCUUGUCCAUCUUCCUAACGGGCGUGACGGACGACUCGUCGAGCUCGGAUGUGCCUCCGGCUCGCCCCCACGACAUGGGCCGGUCUGGAAGCCGCCGAUCUGCCUCCAUCUCGUCGGGGACAAACCACCGUUACUCACAAGCCAUCUAUGACGAAGAAGUCAGCUACAGCACCAGCUUGAACAACUCACGCUCCCAGUCCCCAUUGCCCCGCGAACGUGAAGAAGACGAGGACUCGCUCUUAAAUUACAAAAUCGGCGUGCGGCGUGCCACAGGCGGCUCUGCGCCAUCACGAGCACAGGCUGCGGCCCUCCGCAUCACCACUAGCGCCAGCAACAGCAGCGACGACACAAGCAGCUCCAACCCUCUCAGUCCGCGCUCCACCGGCAUUGCAAGCUCGUUUUUCAAAGCGAUGGGCUGGCGACGUUACGAUGAGACAAACCGCUCCAACACUGCGCUCGGCUCCAGCAGCUCGAGUUCGUUGACGGCGGGGAGCACCACCACCAACAACAACAACAGCAGCAGCAACAAUAGCGGUGGCUCGCCUACCUUGCAGCCGUACCCUGGCGGUCGGUCCUUGAAGAGCGGCUCCGCGAGCAGCAGCAGAAGUGAUGUGAGUGUGGUGUCGGAAAGUGUGGCAAGCCUACCCGAUGUGGACGCCGGCACGUCCUCCGCGUCGUCCAGUCCGUCGUACAACAGCGGCAUGCCGAACGUCCACGACGAAGUUGCCAUUCUGCGCCUCAAGUGCGAAGAUUUGACAAAUCGCCACGAGCAGUCAGAGCAGAAGGCGCGUGCCCAGCAACGAACCAUUGCCACGCUUCAAGGCGAAAUGUCGCGACUCACGUCAAAGUCCGAAUCGGCAGUUCAGUUGACGCGUGACUUGUUGGCGCUGCUGCAACAACACCGCAUUGCCAUUCCUCCAAAGCUCGCGGACAGCGUCAAACUCGUCACCGGGGCGGCCGCUCCCGUCUCAACUUCGGCUGUCCCGCUUGCCGCACCCUCCUCGGCGCCGUCGGCUGCUGGCGUGCGGAAAUCCAUCAUUGGGGCAACCAUCUCUGUCAACGGCGCGGCUCCCACCAGCGUGGGCUCUGGUGCUGCGGCCGCCGCGCGCGCAUCUAGCAUUUUCAACAAGCCUCCUGCGGCGCCAUCCUCCGCAGGCCCAGCUCCGGCUAGCAAACCAGUUGUCGCGCCCGCAUCGGCACCCGUCACCGCAGCUGCCGCCGCACAGAAGGCUCCGAUUACUGCCGCCGCUGCUGCUGCGGCCGCUACAACAGCGUCGCCACCUGCUACCAGCGCUGCUGCAGGGUCUGCCAACCCCUACAACAUUCCACGCUUGGUCAAGGUGCAAGCGCAGGUGCGUGGCUUCCUGGCUCGCCGCAACCACAAGCGCGCCGUGAGGCGGUCGCUCGUCGUGGGUGAGUUGCUGGCCACAGAAAUGACCUACGUCAAGACACUGCGCACCAUCGAGCGGUGGUACCUCAAGCCUCUCACCGCGUACGCGCUGCAGGCACCCGGCCACGAGACGGUCAUUCUCUCGCUCGACGAAAUUGAGCGAGUGUUUGGCAAGGUCCCAGACAUGCUGAAAGUCCAUGCCGAGUUCCUGACAAAACUUCAAGAGCGGAUGGAUCGCUGGAAUGUGCAUCAAACCAUUGGCCAGCUUGUCAUUAAUCUGGCCUCGCAACUGGAGAUUUACACGGCCUAUGUCAACAACUUUACCGCUGCUUCGCUGAUUAUCAAUUCGCACAAAAACGAUUCGAACUUUAAAAAGUUUUUGGAGGACAAACGUGAUUUCCAUGGCAUUAAGGAAGCUCUUGCUGACUUGCUAAUCACGCCCGUGCAACGAAUUCCUCGUUACUCGUUGCUUCUAGAGCAAAUUCUCAAGUACACCGCGUCUUCUAGCCCCGACUACAACUUGCUGCGCGGUGCGUUGGAAAAGAUUAAGCGUGUCGCCGAAAUGAUCAACGAAUGCAAACGAGCCGCCCAGAUUGUCGAAGAUAUCGAGGCUCGCUUGACUGGCUGUCCUGAGCCUCUCUUCGUGCCGGAUCGCCAACUCAUGCUGGACUGUGAUGUUGUUGAGCUCAAAGACGGCCGACCGAAGCUUCGACACCUCUUCUUGUUCAAUGACAUUCUGCUCUGUGCCACGCCUCGUGAUCGAUCGGGCAGCUUUAGCAUUAUCGGAGGGCAACCCAAACCGGGAACUGGUCAACUUCCUGGCAUCGGCAGCCCCAACUUGGGCCAGUACCAGUUCAAAUUGCUGCACUCGCUGUCAGAUAUCGAUGUGCGCGAGCCAGACUCUGUAUCCUUUGCCUCCAGCGGCGGGUCGACGGUCACCAGCGUGGGAUAUUCUCGCGACGACGAAUUUUUGGCCGAAUUCCGCUCGCCUUUGCAAAUCAUCCAUUGGAAGACGACUGGAAAGGAAACGUACAUUCUGCUCUUCCGCAGUCCCGAUCUUGUGGCGACCUGGAUUGCCCGUAUGAACGUGCUCAAAAAGCAGCGAGAAGAAUUCCGCGCUCGACAAAACAGCUUCCGCCAAAGUGUCAUCAAGAAGCGAGAUUCUCUCAAAAAGAAGGCACGCGGCGCUCGCUCCGCCAUCCCCAAGUUCGAUGACAAGCCCGCCCCGACGGCAAGCAAGGGCAAGCCAGCGGCCGGUAGCCCCCACACCAGCACCUCCUCGACAGAGUCCAUCGCACAGCGCCUGCGAGAACUCAUCAAUAGUCGUGGUGACGUGGAUGGAACGCCGAUUGGCGAGAUUCGCGAGCGCAUCGCUGAACUCGAGAAAGAGAUUGCCGUCGAAGAGCAAAUCCUUGUUGGUGUCGCCAAAGUCCGUCGCAUGUACGAGGCGCAGUCUGCGAAAAUGCCCAACACUGAAAUCGACCGCCAGUCCACCGAAGCGACCAAGCGUGUUGAAGAGCUUCGUGCAGAGCUCGUGCUCUGUAACACUGCACUGCAGCUGCAUUCGGGUUGAAAUCCCGUUCUUGGUUUAUUGUUUUUUGUUUGCUUGUUUGUGUUUGUGUUUGCUCGGUUUGUUGCAGUGUUUUGUGUUUUCAGCCAAGGGUCGGUGUACGCCUCACUUUGGCCGCAUUGUGCCCAGCAUUCGUGUUUAAUACAAUGUAGAUCAUGUA